CAUCUAAUGACCGCUGGGGGCAGCAGCACGCAUGCGCCAUGCACUCCCGCCUGUAACAGACGAAGAAGAAGCAGCAGCUCGGCUCUACCGUUACCGCUGACAACAACAACACCGGGACACACCGGGACACAGUCCGUCGACGCGUUGUCAUGGAGCGAUGUUUUAGUGUCAGCAGGGAUGAUUCUGCCCCUUGCUCCUCACCUCCUCCUCCAGCGUCACCUCCGUCUCCGCCUCACGUCUUCCCUUGCCCUCGUCACCCCCCUCCCAUUCCUCCCUCCUCUCCCUCGUCGACCCUGACCGCCCCUCGCCGCCGCGGAAGGCUGAGUUUCUCGGGAGCCAUGGUGGACGUCAGCAAGUGGCCCCUGUUCUCGCUGCUGGACGCCGAGGAGCUCCCCACGGUGCGGCAGGCGUGUGUGUUCGGGACGUCGGCUAACGAGGCCAUCUACAUCACACACGGCAACGAGGUGUUUGUGGUCGGCUUGAACAGCAGCAGCUGCCUCGGCACAGGAGACAGCCUGAGCACCAUCGUGCCAAAGAAACUGGACUUCCUGCGAGGAAAGAAGGUAGUCAGCCUGAGCUACGGCAGCGGGCCGCAUGUCCUGUUGGCUACCGACGACGGACAGCUGUUUGCUUGGGGUCACAAUGGCUACAGUCAGAUUGGGAACGGGACCACCAACCAGGGACUGACCCCGGUGCUGAUCACUUCCAACCUCCCGAACAAGAAGGUGACCGAGGUGGCGUGCGGCUCGCAUCACUCCAUGGCCCUCACUCUCGACGGAGAGGUCUUCGCGUGGGGCUAUAAUAACUGCGGCCAGAUCGGCUCAGGCUCCACAGCCAACCAGCCCUACCCAAGGAAAGUCACCGGCUCUCUGCAGGGAAAAACUGCCGUCGCCAUCACGUGCGGACAAACGUCCUCCAUGACUGUGAUCGAAAACGGAGAGGUUUAUGGCUGGGGCUAUAACGGUAAUGGACAGCUGGGUAUUGGCAACAAUGGAAACCAGCUGACGCCUUGCCGCCUCGCUGCACUGCAAGGGCUGUGUAUUCAACAGAUUGUAUCAGGUUACGGCCACUGCCUGGCACUGACAGAUGAAGGGCUGCUGUAUUCCUGGGGGGCAAACACCUACGGUCAACUCGGGACCGGCAACAAGAGCAACCACCUCAGCCCCACACAGAUCAUGGCUGACAAAGAGAGGGUUGUCGAAGUCGCAGCGUGCCAUUCAACACACACUUCAGCAGCCAAGACCCAAAGCGGGCAGGUGUACAUGUGGGGUCAGUGCCGGGGUCAGUCCAUCGUCUGGCCACACCUCACACACUUCGUCAACACUGACGACGUCUUCGCCUGCUUCGCCACGCCCUCUGUCAUGUGGAGGCUCAUGUCUGUGGAGCACGACGACUUCCUGACUGUCACGGAGGCUCUGAGGAAAGAGUUCGACAGUCCAGAAACGUCCGACCUGAAGUUCAGCGUUGACGGCAAAUGUAUCCACGUUCACAAAGCCGUGCUGAAGAUCAGGUGUGAGCAUUUCCGGUCCAUGUUUCGCUCCCAGUGGACGGAGGAUCAGCAGGAAGUGAUAGAGAUCGGCCAGUUCUCUUACCCCGUCUACAGGUCCUUCCUGCAGUUCCUCUACACGGACACUGUCGACCUUCCACCCGAGGACGCCAUCGGCCUGCUGGACUUGGCCACGUCUUACUGUGAAAACCGCCUGAAACGUCUGUGUCAGCAGAUCAUCAAGAGAGGAAUCACUGUCGAAAACGCCUUCACUCUGCUGUCUGCUGCCAUACGAUACGACGCGGAGGACCUGGAAGUGUUUUGUUUCAGGUUUUGCGUAAAUCAUCUGACUCAGGUGACUCAGACGUCGGCCUUCUGGCAGGUGGACGGAGCCAUGCUCAAGGAGUUUAUCAGCAAAGCGAGCCGCUGCGGGGCGUUCAAGAACUGACCGGCGAGUUACAAACUCCAUUCUGACUCCCGAGUCGAUGUGGUUGUGCUCUAAGUGAGGCAGCGGGGUGUGUCAGCGCUCCAACGGUUCUGAUCACAUUCCCUAAGAGAAACCGAUGGCUUUUUUUUAUUUUUAAAUUGAGUCACAUAUUUAAGGCACAUGCUGCUACAUUCACACAGCGACUGGAAUUAAAGCUGCAUCAUCCGUGGAUCUUAAAUCAGCACUUGGGCCAAUUCCUGUGGAGCCGCUCGACCGCAUCACAUUCUGUACAUGCUAUACUUGAAUUUUUUUGUUUGUUGUUUUCUUAAGUUCUUUCACUUCUGGUUCUCACAGGGAGACCAAAAAAAAAAAACCUGGAGGGAAAAGAACAGAACAGUCCGCGUCUUUGUUAGCGAACUGAAAGAGAUGUUUUGUUAUAAAAGGGGGGUUAGGUAACUGACUUUACGCUGGCCAGGACACUAAUACCACUGUAUCCAAACACAUCUUUGAGUCUGUCAUUUUCAGACAAAAGUUGCUCUCGGAUGUGUUUAACUUCACACAUCCUGAUCCUACUGUUGGUAUUCUGUACAUAUUGGAAGUUAAAAAAAUCAUGUGGGAUGUGUAAUAUUUCCCUUUUUUUUCCUUUUUUUUAUACUCGAGCUCUUUCAUUUUUGCUAUGUUGCACUUUAAAGAACUGCAACUGCUUCUUUCUUAUAAUCAGUAAAGCAGUAAGAGUUCAGACAUUUAAAACGCAGCAGGAGGGAAGAGUAGAAAGUUAAAGAAUGUUGCACAGUAAAGAUUUGAGGCACUGUUAGACGACAAGCAGCUUUUUUUGUAACGUAUCUAAGGCAGGUUGUAUGUUAAAGACGAUUUAUAUUCCUUAAUUACCUUAUUUUCCUGUAGCGAACUGAUCCAAUGUGACUUGUUUGUGUUUCCAAAUGAUUCCUUUAAAAGUUCUUCAGGUUUUGUCUGUAGAUGAGGUGUAUACACAAUGCAAGCUAAAGCAAUACGAAGACUUUGAAAUGCUCUGUGAGAUGUUGUUUCCUUUCCUUCCAUCUUGAGUUUAUGAUGACCAAAAAAACUGCCGGCUGUGUUUGAUUUUUUUUUUUUUU